AAAAAAAAAUGUUUAAAAAGUUAGAUCGUGGGAUGAGAUCUCACAUUCCGAAACUAAUUCAUCAUCAAACCUACCAAAAACCGAUACACAAUGAUUACACAUGCCACAUAGUAUAGUAUAUAUUUAAGGCCUUAACUGUAAUUACACCCAUGCACAGUUGUUCAUCUUUGUUAUAUCAUCAUCAACAAUAUAAUAAUACAAGUACUAAAUUCUUAAAAUCAGCAUCAGCAUUUCGAAAGGGCUAAAGAAGAAAGUUGUGAACUCAAAGAAAGAAGAAGUUAUCUCGCUUUCUUGUAUUCUUUCAUCUCUUUAUUUAUACCUUAAAAAUCCCUCGAGAGAGAGAUUCAUUCUCUAUGUUCAUGGCGGCAGCCACUUCUUCUUCUUCUUCUUCAAGCUUCUUCAACCUAAGACCCAACGAGGCGGCGGCCGUGAAGGUCCGAUCUCCGCCUUCUUGCGGCGGAGGAGGAGGAGGAGCCGGAGGAAGGAUUGACGGUAUGGCGAUGUGGAUAAUCAAUGGUGUUGCCACCGCUUUCUUUGCGUCCCUUGAAAGGUGUUCUUGCAUCCGUAUCGCCACCGUUGACGACGGUGACGGUGACGAUUCCAACGACUUGCCGUUGAUCUUUAACGACGGCAAUAGUUCUCUGGCGGCUGCUCGUGAUAUCAGUAGUUUUGGCCGGAAGAGAUCGUCGACGACGGGCAAAGGAAAGAAGAACGGAGUCUUGAUUUAUUGAAGACGUACGUACGUACCAAAAAUCAAACCAAAAAAAAAAGGGUGAUCUUUAGGGUUUUGAAGUCAAAUUUGAUACUAUUACGGAGGUGGAGAACGCACGGCACGAAGAAGACAUUCGUAUCUAGUGAUGGCCCAUUGAUGUGAAUGUGAUUGAAACCAAUAUAAAAAAAAAAUGGAAGACAAUAAAUUAAUAACGACAAUAGGCCCGUGAAUCAAUCUGUAAGUGAGCAAUUACAAAAAGAAGAAUGUCCCUAUUUCAAAACGAAAACAAAUAUGAACACUAGACCAAUCUGGCUUUGUCAUGGAUCGAUAUGGG